CAUAGCGGCUGCUUUUCCCUUUCCUUUUUAACUUUUAUUUUAUCGUCGCUAUUGCGCCUGUUCGCGCGCCCGACAAACCUCGCGCAACAUGGUCAACGUCACCUACGACGAAUCUGGCGACCUCAUCGUGACCGAUGAUACGGGCGUUGCCACCGUCUACAACCUCGGCGACAUAGCCUGGAUUAUCGCUGCCACCGCCCUCGUGUGGAUUAUGAUUCCUGGCCUGGGCUUUUUCUACUCUGGUCUCCUGCGGCGAAAAAACGCCCUAUCCAUGAUAUUCCUCUCCGUUGCCGUCCUUGCGGUAGUGUCAUUCCAGUGGUUUUUCUGGGGCUUCUCCCUUGCUUUUUCAGACACUGGGUCGGCGUACAUCGGUGAUCUGAGGUAUUUUGCGCUGAAAGGUGUCCUUGGCCAGCCAUCUGCGGGCUCGUCACGCAUCCCAUCUCUUCUCUUCUGCGUUUACCAGCUUAUGUUCGCUGCCAUCACACCUAUGCUUGCUGUCGGAGCAUUUGCCGAGCACUCUCGUGUUGGUCCCAUCCUGGUUUUCGUAUUUAUGUGGGCGACUCUCGUAUAUGACCCAAUCGCAUGCUGGACAUGGAACCCGACUGGCUGGUCCUUUAAACUCGGAGGCCUUGACUUUGCCGGAGGCACGCCCGUGCAUAUCUCCUCGGGUACGGCCGCACUCGCCAUCUCAAUUUACCUUGGCCGCCGACGCGGCUACGGAACUGAGCGCCUCGCCUAUAAGCCACACAACACAUCAUAUGUUGUCCUUGGCACUGUCUUGCUGUGGUUCGGAUGGUUCGGGUUCAAUGGGGGUUCCGCUCUUUCUGCGAACCUUCGUGCAGUCCAAGCCUGCAUUGUCACCAAUCUCGCUGCAUCCGUCGGUGGACUCACUUGGAUGUUCUGGGAUUGGCGACUCGAGCGAAAGUGGUCUGCAGUCGGUUUCUGCUCUGGUGCCAUCGCCGGUCUCGUUGCAAUCACUCCUGGCUCUGGUUUCGUCGGUUCACCCGCAGCAGUGGCAUUUGGUUUCCUAGCAGGCACGAUUUGUAACUUUGCUACGCAGCUCAAGUUUAUCUUCGGAUAUGAUGACUGUCUGGAUAUCUUUGCGUCGCAUGCUAUUGGCGGUAUCGUCGGAAACAUUUGCACUGCUCUUUUCGCCCAGAGGUCUGUCGCCGGGUUUGAUGGCAUUGCUGACAUUCCGGGAGGCUGGUUCGACCACCACUGGGCCCAGCUUGGCUACCAGCUCGCCGAUUCAACAGCCGGCUUUGCCUAUUCUUUCACCAUGACAACCAUCAUUCUUUGGAUCCUUCAUUUCAUUCCGGGCAUGCGCCUCCGCUGUGAUGAAGAGACCGAAAUCCUCGGUGUUGACGAUGCGGAACUCGGCGAGUUUGCCUACGACUACGUUGGUCUGGACGCUGAGCUUGGUGCCGGCCUACCUCACACUGGUUCUGGACCAGGUGGUCUUGGUGCAGACGUCCACGCUCUUGGUGCAGUUGGCGGUGGACGAGAACCUCAACAUCACAUACAUAACCCGGACCGGGAUAGCAGUAGUUCACGUAGGGAGAAAAUGGCGGCAUAAGCCCUCGUUCGUACUGCGACUUGUUGGAUGCUGUAUGGAGAAGCGGUCAUAGGUGGUUAGACGGAGGACACUGCUGACUAGUUCAUCUACAUAGAUUACGUCUCUCUUUCUGUUCCUAAUUAUGUUUUUUGGUGUUGUGAUCGGUAUCUUGAAUUUAUAGUUAUGCCAGAUGUUCUGCGUACGAUGUACGAUGUUGUACCUAUAAUAGACGCUGAAAA